GGCCGCACAGACCCAUCAUCAGCUUUUUGGUGUGUGGAUUAACUCGCUGCCUGCUGAAGGCGCGGAUUCAGAUCUGGACACGUCGCUUCCGCCCGAACAAAAGCAUUCCCACGGGGAGCUAUGCCAAGAUUUGGUUUGCAUAUACGCGAGUGCGUAACAGCGCGUGGUGAAGUAGGGUGGGCGUGACGCACGUGGGGGGAUCAAAAGCGUGUGCCAGCCACAAAAACGCGCUUUUUACGCAGCGUGACUCCUCAGUUUGGUCAAAGUCUCUGCGCUCAAAGACAACAUGCUUGUCCUGCGGGGUUUUGCGCUUCUGUUUCUGUUCUUGGAUCCGCGCUUCUCUCUGACCUCUGCCGCGCCAGGCAGAGCGCACAGGGGCGGGGACAGAGCUUCGGUCCUCAGCUCAGGAAAGUUCUCCAACGGCGACAACACACAGUGCACGUGGAAUGCGCGAAACGCGGGGGUGGCGGUAGUCCUGCGGGUCACCUGCUCAGUUGUGGGGAUCAAUGCCACAAGCUGCGAGUACACCGCCAAACCCCAGAGCUGCCCGGGAUUCCUGUCCGACCCCAAAGGCUUCUGGAAACAACUCGGCCGAGCGCUCAGACGGAUGAAAGGCAAGCUGUGCGAGGACAAGCGCGCGCUGAUCAAAGUGGGCAUGUGCAAGAGUGCGCCACGGGACGCGCACUUUAAGCUGGACGCGCGCGGUUCUCCAACAGUCACUGAGCCCAGAAAACCGAGUAAAGCCACGGCGCCACCCGCACUGCGCACCACCUCCACCGCACCGACGGCGUGCGCAAAACGCGCGGAUCACACCAAAACAGCCGAGGAGUACUGCGGCAGCUCAUGGACCAGCCUUUGCGCGUUUUUCUUCUCCAUGCUGCAGAGUGAGGACUGCUAGAUGCAAACGGACGGGUCUGCAGGAACAGAUGUCACAUUUGACAGAAUUAGUUCCGGUGACCUUCAGGUCAAUCACUAGUUUGCCUCUUGGCAGAGCUGUACUAAAAGUUUCUUCUGUUUUUAUUAGCAUAAUUUAUUAGCAUUGCGACGAUGAUUUAGAAGUAAAACUGUUUUCUCACCACUUUCCUGAAUAAAAAUACUUUUAAAAAUGUU